GUCAAGCAGCGGGCGGUGCCCAGAGGGUCACUCCGCCACUAUAUAAGACGAGUGCCCAGCGCCACUCCUCACUUGCUUCCAGUCAUCGCUACAACAAUAUGGCUCUCAAGGUUACUGUGUUGGCUGCCCUUGUGGUUGUCACACUCGCUCGACCCGACAAACGACCCUUCUUCAACGACCAACUUCCCUCUUCUGCAUACAGUCUCCCAUCCCCAGCACCCACCUACAACGCCCCAGAACCCACCUACAACGCCCCAGUACCCACCUACAACGUUCCAGCACCCACCUACAACGCCCCAGCACCCACCUACAACGCCCCAGUACCCACCUACAACGCCCCAGCACCAGUGCCUACAUACAGAGCUCCGGCCCCAACACCCACCUACGGCACUCCUGCUCCAGUAGCUCCUCCCAAGUAUGACUUCAGCUGGGCCUUGAAGGACGACUACUCCAGGAAUGACUUCGGCCACCAGGAGUCCCGGGACGGCUACGACACCCAGGGUUCCUACAGUGUCCUGCUUCCCGACGGUCGUCUGCAGACAGUGACCUACACUGUCAACGGUGACUCCGGCUACGUGGCCCAGGUGGCCUACGAGGGCCAGGCCCAGUACCCAGCACAACAGCCUUCGUAUGGGGCCCCUUCACCCCAGCCUAUCUACGGUGCCCCUACUCCCCGACCUAUCUAUGGUGCACCUACACCCCAGCCUAUCUAUGGUGCACCUACACCCCAGCCUUCUUAUGGCACCCCAGCCCCACUAUAUGCUUAAACUCUUCUACCGAACUUCUUUACUCUAGUUCUUGAUUAAAUUAUAUGCAUUGAAAUUUAUUGAAUAAAAUAUAUAAAUUUUUAAGAGCAA